UUCAAAACCAGAGAGGACAGCCGAGCACAAACAGCUAGUCGAGCCAACAAACAGGAAUAUUUAUUGCUUUUGUUGUUUCAGGGUCACGUACAGACAUGAGGCACUUUUUGUGGUUAUAUCUUUUCAUUGUUUAUUCAGGAGAAUAUAAUGGAAACUCUUUUCUCAGGAAGGAAAGCAUUGUGUUUAACACAGACUGCUGAUGGUUGCUGAAGAAGUGCCAAAGAACUGAACACAUGGAGAUCGAGCAGUGGAUGGAAAGCCUAACCGAUGAGGACAGUGACACAGAGGAAAUCCUGUGUCAAAUCCACGAGAGCUGUGCCACUGACCUGUAUCACCACCCUCAGCUGGAAACUGACAUAGAGGCAGUCAGGACUUUGUAUUCAGACUCUGCCGUCUCUAUAAGGGAGUAUGGGUCAAUUGAUGACGUGGCUGUUGACUUAAACAUAAAUGGCAACAUUUUGGAUAAGGAACUGGCCAGGGUCUGGAGGAUUAAUCCAUCAGAGCCAAUCGUUAUCCGUCUACACUUCUCUCUGUCUCAGUAUCUGGAAGGACCUGCACCUUCAGUCGAAGUCUUCCAAACAUCCAACACAGAUCAUUUCAGCGUUGGGAAACAACUACAGAAUAUUCUCACAGUCUUCAUAGCUCGGGAGUGGAAACAUCUGACCAAUGAGAACAUUGUAGUCCGACAGAAGAGGAGACAAAGCUGGUUCAGGCCAAGCGGAACCAUCAAGAAAGUUCGUGCAAGACUCAGCAUCUGCCUUCCCCUAUCAAAGUCCAAAGAGCUCCAGGAACCUACCAUGAAAGAAAGGAUCUUUUUACCAGUGAAGAAGCUGAACCGUUUUACGAAUCAUACAACUUCAUACAGCAUCAAGAAUCCCACAGGAGAACUCUUCACCUACACUCCCAGUGGAAAGAGGGUGGCGGUGUCAGCAGUGAAGUCACCUGCACAGCUUAGUACCAAACAGCUGAUAGAGCUGCUUUUCUCCUCUCAGGCCAUCGGGCACUGUAAAACCACACCAACACUGCAGCAUGGCUUCUUGGUACAGAUAAUGAGGUAUGCUGAGCAGAGAAUCCUCACGCUGAAUGAAUACUGUGUUGUCUGUGAUGAGCGACACGUCUUUCAAAAUGGCCGUAUGUUAAAGCCAGCAGUUUGCACCAGGGAGCUCUGUUUCUUUUCCUUUUAUACACUGGGGGUCAUGUCAGGAGUUACAGAAGAAGUUGCCACCGGUGCAGAGGUAGUUGACCUGCUGGUGGCCAUGUGCAGAGCUGCCCUUCAGUCUUCACGCAAGAGCAUCAUAUUUGAACCGUACCCUUCUGUUGUUGAUCCGUGCAACCCAAAAACCCUGGCCUUUAAUCCUAAGAGAAAGAGUUACGACAGGCUGCAAAAAGCUCUGGACAGUGUCUUGUUAGUCAGGAGGAUGGCACAGGGUCCUUAUUCUGAGAUAAAGAAGCAGAUGGACAAAAUAGACCCUCUGGCUCAUCCUUUAUUACAAUGGAUUUUAGCAAGCAACAGAUCACACAUUGUCAAGCUUCAACUGAACAGGCAACUUAAGUUCAUGCACACGCCACAUCAGUUCCUGUUGGUCAGCGGCCCUCCAUCCAAAGAAGCUCGUUUUAAAACUGCCAGGAAACUUUAUGGCAGCACCUUUGCUUUCCAUGGUUCCCACAUUGAAAACUGGCACUCUAUUUUGAGAAACGGGCUGAUUAAUGCCUCUUAUACAAAACUGCAGCUUCAUGGAGCUGCAUAUGGGAAAGGCAUCUAUCUGAGUCCUAUCUCAAGCAUAUCAUUUGGAUAUUCGGAGAUGGGUAAAGGGCGACACCAAAUACCUACCAAAGAAGAACUCAUAAAGAAAUACAACCAUAUAAACAAAAUCAAACAGGAACAGCCAGGGCAAGCCAGGUUUCUGCAAAACAGGAACCUCAACUGCAUUGCUCUCUGUGAAGUGAUAACUUCAAAAGACCUUCAAAAACAUGGGAACAUUUGGGUGUGUCCAAUAUCCGACCACGUGUGCACACGUUUCCUCUUUGUGUAUGAGAAUGGCCAAGUGGGAGAUGUCCACAUCAACACUCAGGAAGCAAACAUCCACAGGGAAAUUUGUCAAGUUAUUGCUUCAAGUUCAAGUUAAAGCUCUGCUGAAGCUUUGAAGUAUAAGAAGAAAAAAAAAACAUAUACUGAGUAUAUGUCUUAGUUUCUUUGUGGCUAAAUCCAUUAUGUCUGUCUUUUAUUGGUUUGCUAAGCCAACAUAAAACAAUGAGCUGCUAGAUAUUACAUUUUUCAAUUGCAAUAUUAGCUGGAUUGUGUCUCAUACUUUUUGCCUUGUAUGUUAAUUUACUGUUGUAAUUUAAACGUGUGUCUACCACCAGUGUCAUAACUCUGUACUGUAAACAUAUAUUUUAUACCU